GCACGUUUUCAGCGGGAGGCGGUCGUUACAUUCACACGAGCGCGCUAAACUAGCUGCAGUUGACUGAUGAACUCAAAAUGAUAUCCUUGAUUUCUACUGGAGGCAACUUGUUAUGUCGAUUGUUGGGGCCUUCCACAAAUACUCUGUUUGUGCGGAGUUCCUGUGUUCGCGCGUGUUUGGUUCACGCGGCUAAGAACUUCAGCUCCGGCUCUGACGGUCCACCGAAGGUUCCGGCGACUGGAUACAUACGAUUUGUAAAGCAGCAACAAACGGUGGUUGCCAAGCAGUAUCCAGAUGUUAAGUAUGUGGAAAUUACCAAAAAAAUCGCACAGCAGUGGCAUGCCUUGACACCUGAACAGAAACUGCCCUUCGAGCAGGCAGCACAGGCCGCCCGGGAGCAGUACAAGGAGGAGCUGAAACAGUUCCACGCCCGCCUCACUCCAGAACAAUCCAAAGCGCUGCUGGAGAUGAAGCGGCAGAAGAGGGUGAGGAGGAAAGCCAUCAGGAUGAAGAGGGAGCUGACGAUGCUAGGAAAACCCAAAAGGCCCAGGACUGCCUUUAAUAUCUUCAUGUCGGAACACUUUGUGGAGGCCAAAGGGGUAACCAUGCAGGGAAAGAUGAAAUCACUAGUCGACGACUGGGCUAUACUGGACGUCUCGCUGAAGAAGACCUACAAGCAGCUUGCAGAGGAUGAUCGAGUUCGCUACGCACACGAGAUGGAAUCGUGGGAGAAGUACAUGGCACAGAUUGGGAGGGAGGAUCUCGUUCGAAGGAAAGGCACGCUCAGAAAGGCCGUUGGCGCAAAAGGAGCCACUCGUGAGACCAAAGAUAAGGCCGUUCAGACUGACGCGACCAGCCAAAACGUUACAAAGUCAACAGCCAGACUGAAAAAGCCAGAAGAGUGAUGAUACCGGACGUAAGUUGCCGCUGACUGGUGUUUCUGUGGUGCAGGAAACACUUCGGAGUCUAGACUAGUGUCUCGUGGUGCUACACCACAAUUUGGCUAAAUUAGCCGUGAAAGAAAGCCUGGCAGCAAUUUCAGUUGAGGAAUCCAGUCUCCCAACACUGUACAGUUGGGAUUGUGUGUUUUUUUUUUAAACACGAGUGUAAAGGUUUGCUAAAGACUUCCUCCUUCAUUUCAGUAAAAGCAAAAUAAAAAAUACUACCCAAAGAAUAUCUGAACACAGAAAAACGUUUUGUUUCAUAAGCUACAGAGUGCAUAUGGUUCCUUUUGGACUCAAAUGUAGUCUUUUAGUUAGAUAAACAUUGGCUAUUUUGGAUAUUUGCAUUUAUUGCUUGCUAAUAUUGGCAGCUAGUCCCCAGUCAUCAUACCACUGUUAUGAUUUGUAAAUGUGAAGAACCCUGUGUUAGAUGUUGUGUUAAAUAACCGAUGAUACGUUACUCAGAGUGUGAGUGAGAGCGUGGCGGUCAUUUGGUGUGACUACGUACUACGAUGUGCACAGUCCCAUACAGGAGCUUCAUUUUGCUGCAUCAUGCAAGUGUUUUGUAUCUUUAAUUACUAAAUAAAUGUUCCAAGUGAUAUAUUUUUAAGUA